CGGUUGAACAAUAACUUCCACCAAUAUGGCGGCAGACGCCAUAUUGGCAGUUACACAGAGUCUGGCUAUAAAAGUAUGGCGGCAUUCUUUGUUCAACUGUCUUAGCGAGAACAACUAUCAAGUUAUAUGGAACAAUGCAGCAACAACGCGACGUGUCUUCACCUGGAUCAGUGUUCCGGCUUGUACACAGAACUGCAACAGCAUCCCGACAACACUUUACGUAAUUUGACCAUACAAUUGCACUGCGGAUGGAAUGGAUCGAUGCCGAUGAUUUGUUGUCCGCAAGAGUUUUUGUACAACAAUAAAACGUCAAUCCUCGGUGUCGACGUCGGGGUCAGAUCUCCUGCAGACUUCCUCCCGGACCUCAGGACUUGCGGCAUCAUGGACAUCAGCGGUUCAUACUCAACCCUCACCCAGCUCGACGAUCACCCGUGGAUAGCAUUGCUCAAAUACGAAAAGUUGGUGGGGAGCGGCUUCCACUGCGGUGGAGUGCUGAUCUCGUCCAGAUACGUGCUGACCGCGGCCCAUUGCGUGAAGGGGUCAGACCUUCCGGAGUCUUGGAAACUUUCUCAUGUCCGGCUCGGUGAAUGGCACACAUCCUGGGACAUCGACUGCAUGCGGGGAAACUGCGCGCCGCGCCCGCUCGACCUGCCGGUGGAGGAGAUCAUAGCGCACGAACAGUACGUGCCUACCGACGACCACCAGAACGACAUCGCGCUGCUGCGACUGGCCUACGACGUGCCUUUCAGUGACUUUGUGAAGCCGAUAUGUCUUCCUGUAGCCGCAUCUCUAAGGCGGCAGACAUUCGAGGGGGCAGACAUGGAGGUGGCGGGAUGGGGAAAGACUGUAACAAAAUGGACGUCAUUCGCCAAAUUGAAGUUCACGUUGUCAGCCGUCAAUAGAAGCGAUUGUCAAUCAGUGUACCAGAGGAUCGGACGUAACAUAUCAGAUAACCAGAUCUGUGCGGGGGGCCUGAUGAGACAAAACUCCUGCAGGGGAGACUCUGGGGGGUCUCUGAUGGGGCAGGUCUCUGCCAUGAACUGGAUGGCCAUCGGCGUGUACUCUUACGGACCCACGCCUUGUGGGACCCCUGGAUGGCCCGGGGUGUAUACUAGAGUCACUGCAAUGGACGUCAUUCGCCAAAUUGAAGUUCACGUUGUCAGCCGUCAAUAGAAGCGAUUGUCAAUCAGUGUACCAGAGGAUCGGACGUAACAUAUCAGAUAACCAGAUCUGUGCGGGGGGCCUGAUGAGACAAAACUCCUGCAGGGGAGACUCUGGGGGGUCUCUGAUGGGGCAGGUCUCUGCCAUGAACUGGAUGGCCAUCGGCGUGUACUCUUACGGACCCACGCCUUGUGGGACCCCUGGAUGGCCCGGGGUGUAUACUAGAGUCACUGCGUACGUGGACUGGAUACUUUCUAAGCUGAAACCUUAAUUUUGAACUAUUAUUUUAAUAUCGAUAACAAGGCUAUGCAUGUUUCACACGAAAUUAUAGAGACCACUGUCGCCGAUGACUUAUUGGCUAACUUUAUUUUAAGUGCCGAGUGCGGGAAUACUGUGCUAUGUUCUAAUCAUCAUUAGCCCGCCGACCCGCAUCGUAGCAGCGUGGUGGGUCUAAGCUCAAUAUCCCCUCUCCUGUAAAGACCCUGUAGUCAUCAACAUUAGCCUUCUUGGAUGGAAAAAUACGAUCUCAAGCC